UGUCACAGUGACAUCUCGCUGUCAUGAGACAUGGAUUGAUAUCGGUAAGCUUUUUGUUUGUUGCGCAAUUUAACACAAGCCAAAACCAAUAAAAAACACAAGAACUUCAACUGACUAAAAUCGCAAAGUUAAAUUCACAAUGACCAACAUGCCCUUCAUGGACAAGCUACGAUCAUUUCUAGGCAUCGGCCAGGCGCCACCGAGAAAUGAUUUUCGAAACCCGAUUUGGGGAGACGACGACGACGACGACGGUGACGAGCUUUACUCGCGCACGUACCUAGACGAACACCGCGAAGAUUACAACGUGCUCACCGACCCGCGCGACGUGCACCGCGACAUCGCUCAACAGAUGCACGACAUGUUUCAGGCGUUUGGCUCUAUCUUCGGAGACAUGAGGUCGUUUGUACAAGACUUUGAGAGUGGCCAUACUGAAUCGUUCACGAACACGCCGGCUAUCCUACCUCCUUCAGAGCCAGGUCAAUUCGACAGCAAGAAUAUCAGAGACUAUUACCUGAAACCAGGCUACCACAACAAUAGAAAUCAACAUGAUAAGGAAGAUAUUGAUUUGGAUGGUAAGAUCUCUUCACAAGACAUAGCAGGGUUGUUAAAAAAGAAAGAUGAUGAAAGUAAGCCCCCCGCAACUCAUUUCAACAGUGACCUUGUGCCGGGAAGGUCAUUCUGCCGAACCAUAAUUACAACAAGCAUUACUAAAUCAGAUGGUUCAAGGGAGACUAAACGAAUUGUCAAGGAUGGCAAUGGAGUUGUUGAGGAAACUAUUACGACUACAGAGCCUGACCCGAGGGGACUUACUUCAGCGAUGGAUUCAUUUUCUCCUGCCAACUACAGCAGUGUCUUUUCAGAAUUUGGCUCUUUCUUUAGAAACUUUUACUAGUACUUGCUAAUGUUAUAUAUAGUAAAAUUCUGUAAGUAUUA